AGGCAAAAUUACAAUUAUUCAGGAACCCGUUUUUAUUUUGUUUUGUAUUGACCGAAACUCGUGUUACAGGUGCACGUGAAAUUAUGCUGUGGGUUGGACCAAGGGCGCGGCUAGUGCCGCUCGCUCAAAUCAUGUAUAUAAUGACACCGCGAGCAAUGAUAGGGUUAGACUGUCGGGGCUUCACCGGGAAAAGCUUGAAGUCCUUUUGUGUUCGCAACAGAAGCACUGUCCGUCAGUACUGCGCUUUCACUAUGGCAGAACAUUUCAUAGAUCAAGUAGCUUUCAACAAGCCAAAGGUUGAGCUUCAUGUGCACCUGGAUGGAGCCGUCAGAGUGCAAACCAUCCUUGACGUGGCUGAGCGGCGAGGGAUCCCCCUGCGUGCGUCCACAGUAGAGGGCAUGACGCACAGAUGUGUGGUCCACGAGCCUGUCAAAGAGUUUAAAGAGUUUCUGGACAAGUUCGAGGAGUAUAUGCCUGUCAUUGCGGGAGACAGAGAAGCCAUCAAGAGGAUAGCCUAUGAGUUUGUGGAGGACAAGGCCAAAGAAGGCGUGAUCUAUGUGGAGGUCCGAUACAGCCCACACCUGCUGGCCAACUCUCAAGUGGACCCCAUCCAGUGGAACCAGGAACAGGGUGACCUGAGCCCAGACGAGGUGGUGCGCCUGGUCAACCAGGGCCUCAGUGAAGGGGAACAGGCCUUCAAUAUCAAAGCCAGGUCCAUUCUGUGCUGCAUGCGCCACAUGCCAAAUUGGUCCAUGGAGGUGUUGGAGCUGUGUAAGAAGUAUGUUAAUGAGGGAGUGGUGGCCAUAGACCUGGCAGGAGAUGAAUCUCUCAACUGUGUGGCCUGCCCAGACCACCGGAUGGCCUUCGAGGAAGCAGAGCGCUGUGGGGUCCACAGGACUGUUCAUGCAGGAGAAGUGGGGCCGUCCUCAGUCGUCAAAGAGGCUGUAGAGGUUUUGAAGGCUGAGCGGAUUGGGCAUGGCUACAACACCAUUCAUGACCAAGACUUGUACAAACAGCUCCUGGCCCAGAACAUGCACUUUGAGACGUGUCCCAUAUCCAGUAAACUGACAGGAGCUUGUGACCCUGACUUCACCAAACAUCCUAUCAUCAGGUUCAGGAAAGAUAAGGCCAACAUCUCUCUGAACACAGAUGACCCAUUGAUCUUCAACUCCACCCUGCAGCAUGACUAUGUCACAGUGCAGAAGUACAUGGGAUUCACUGAACAGGAAUUCAAAGAACUGAACAUCAACUCAGCAAAGUCCAGCUUCCUGCCAGAGAAGGAAAAGAAGGAGCUGGUCCAGAAGCUGCACGAGGCCUACGGGAUGGUGCAAGACACCGCCUUUUGAAGGAAUCAAUGAAGAGAAAUGAACAAACAACCAGAAACAAACCACUUAAACCCCCUACCACUCCCACCAGCCACAACACAAUGUCUCUGUCUGUAUAGAAUCCACUACACACAGUAUUAUAGCAUAGUGAAACUAAUGUAAUGGUUGUUGUGGUGGAUCAAAUGCAGACUGUGUUUUGAUUAAGUUGUGUUGGACGCACACAGAAGCAGUAGCUACAUUAAGUUCUUCCUAAAUAAUCUGAAUAGCGCCCGUAUGUACAGUUUAUUCAACAAAUUACCCUCAUAUUAUCCUACCUAUUAGAAAAAUUCAAGCCAAUGUUAUGCUUUUUUUAAUUUACAAAAACGUCUUGAUCCAUAAUCUCAAUGUUAUGGUCACUGUGAUCGAACUACAGUGCAGGGAAGGACGAGCACUUAGCAUCUAUGAUGCAAAAAAUGUAUUAUAUUCAUAGGAAUUAUAGGCACUGGAAUUUAACAGGUUAUCUGUAUCUAUGAACCUAUAAUGUAAUCCCCAGUUCUUGUUGUCUCCAGGAGGAAAGAUGAACUGUUUACAUUUGAAAUGGAUCAGGUGAAACAGCACUAUACCAAAUAUAGUACUGUGAACAGUAGGUGGCGCACCACUUUCAUGUUAACAGUGAUGCCUACUGAAGCAGUCCUUCAGUUUAGAAUGACAACGUCCAAGAUACUUUAUCCUAAAGAGGAUCUAAAAUGUAAUCAGUACUAUCCGAAUUGUGAUUUUAUAUUCUUUCUCAUUACUUACUUUUUUACUCCUUUUGUAACAUGGAGAGAAUGGCACAUAACAAGAAAAUCAAAACAAUAAAAUACUUUU